GAAAACCUUAAAAAAUGUUGUGUACUAAACGGAGAAGUAAAUGCAUUUAAAAUCAAAUAGCUUGAAGGACUAUCAAAAGAGUGUUGGCAAACGCCCAAUGUAUUAGGACUGGCGUUUUACAUGCUUGACAUGACCGCAAAAAAAUAAUGCUUUCAUUUGCAAUGUUUGGAAGCAAAAAAAGUGCUUAAUCUCAAAAACUUACAAUGUGUACAAUGUGUAUAUGAAGAAAUUAGUUAGUCAGUGUGCAAGCGCUGAACAGCAAAACAAAAACAUUCGUCAUGCAGUCGUAGCGUUGCUAGUGCGCCCAUAAUAACGCUGAGACAAAAGCAAAAGAUUUCGCGCCGAAAAGGAGGACGGUAGAAAACACGCAUAGCGCGGCGGGAAAGUAACAAAAACCGAUUGUAAAUGGACUCUGAUGUGGCGAAAAUGUGUGCCAACUAAAAGCGAUUGCGUGCGGUUGUAAUUGUGAUCCGUGGAAAGCGUACCGCCGUCAGUACCGCCCUCGCCCUUCGCCCCCCGCCCCCGUUCCCCUUGCCAACAACACAAAAACAAUGGCCCCAACGAAAAAACGCGAAAAAGACAGUAAUCCGGAUGGUUCAGCCGCAAAUGGCAUUAAUGGCCUCACCCAUGGAGCAUCGGACGCGAGCAAUGCUGGCUCUACCGUACCGCCGACGGGCGAGGGUCAGGUCAAACUCAAUGGCCACCAGCAGGAGCAGGAACUCUUUUUGCAGGCCUUUGAGAAGCCCACGCAGAUCUAUCGCUACCUGCGCAAUCGACACGAGACAAACCCCAUCUUCCUCAACCGCACGCUCAGCUACAUGAAGGAACGGAUGUCGCGGAACAACAAGAAGCGGAUAAGCUUCCAGGUAAACUCCAUGCUGGAGAGCAUAACACAAAAGUCGGAGGCGGUGAGCCAGAACUACCUGCACGUCAUCUACGAUUCGCUGCACGAGAAGUUGCCGGCGAGGUUGGACAACGAGUCUGGCGAGGAUCUGCUGCAGGAGCAGCUGCUCUGCGAAGCGGGCGAGUCUGUGAGUGUGGAGACCACGCUGUACAAGAUCACACGCAGCAAGCGAAAGGACAGCACGCUGGACUUCCAGGAGCUGCUCAGCAAGUGCUCGCAGAUCGUGUACAACCCAAAGGAUCGUGUGGGAGAACAUGCCACCAUCAGCAUUCCUCUCCAGACGAUGCGGCCAAUGGGUGAGCAGCACACACUGUACAAGCUGCUCUUUCGCAUCAAGGUGCUGGCGCCAAGUACGUGCAACGAUGAGAAUGCAGAAACUCCACCGAUCAAGCGGUCGCGUCGAAAUGAGAAAAUGUUCGGGUCGGAACUGAUAUUGUACGAGAAGUCCAGCGGAUUCAUAACCGAAGGCGAGUACGAGGCCAUGCUGCAGCCUCUAAAUUCCACCAGCAUCAAGUCCUUCUCACCAAAGAAAUGCACCUGGGAAACGAUGCCCGACAGCUACAUUCCACUCUCGCUCACCUACGACGUCUACCAGCAGAGUCCCAUGCUCAAGUUCCAUCUGACGCUAUCCAAUGAGCAGCUGCCCGAGAUGAUUUCCGCUCCGGAGCUGCAGCGUUAUGUCCAGCAUCUGGAUGCGGUGGCCGAGAUGAACUACAACAACAACAACUACAAUAACAACAACAAUUGCAGCGGAUUGAAGAACGGUGGUGGCGGAGGCAACAGCACGUUGUGCAAGACCACACCGGAGCACAUUCAGAUUGUGUACAACUUCAUGUACAGCAAUAAUACCCGCCAGCAGACGGAGUACACACAGGAGCUGAACUGCCCGUGGUGCGGCCUGGACUGCCUGCGUCUCUAUGCCCUGCUGAAGCAUCUAAAGCUUUGCCACGCCCGCUUCAACUUUACCUACCAGCCGGCUGGAAGUGGAGCUCGCAUAGAUGUCACCAUCAAUGAUGCCUACGACGGUUCGUAUGCCGGAUCGCCCUACGACUUAGCCGGUCCGUCUGGCUCCUCGUUUGCCCGCACCUGCGGCCCCGUGCGACGCACCUCGGUCACCAGCCUGAUGGUGUGCCGGCCCAGGCGGCAGAAGACCUGCCUGGACGAGUUCCUGGAGCUGGACGAGGACGAGAUAAGCAACCAGCGGUCGUACAUUACCGGUCACAACAGACUCUACCACCACACGGAGACUUGCCUGCCCGUGCAUUCGAAAGAGCUGGACAUCGACUCCGAGGGCGAGAGCGAUCCGCUGUGGCUGCGCCAGAAGACCAUCCAGAUGAUCGACGAGUUCUCCGACGUGAACGAGGGUGAAAAGGAGUUGAUGAAGCUGUGGAACCUGCACGUGAUGCGUCACGGCUUUGUGGGCGAUUGCCAGCUGCCGAUCGCCUGCGAGAUGUUCCUCGACGCCAAAGGCACUGAGAUUGUGCGCAAGAAUCUCUACCGCAACUUCAUCCUGCACAUGUGUUCGCUCUUCGACUACGGACUGAUCGCGGCCGAGACGGUCUACAAGACGGUACAGAAGCUUCAGGGUCUGCUCAGCAAGUACGCCGCCGGCCAGGAGCUGAUGCAGCGGCAGCGCGAGGAGCAACUGAAGUACUGGCUGGAUGUGGGCAUGCACAAGAAGCAGGAAGACCCCAAGACACUCAAGUCACCCCAAAAGGCAGCACCGCCCGCAGACCAAGCAUCUACCUCCUCCGCAUCGACCUCUGGAAGUGGUUCAAUGCAGCCACCCAAACGAAUGCCGGCUCAUCUGAAGCGAGGCAGCGCAGCGUCCUCCACGGGCGUCCAGGGCAAGGCCACUGAAAAUGGCACCAACAGCAGCAGCAGCAGCAGCGGUAGCAACAGCAAGAACGUGGCCAAGAAGAGCGCCGACCAGCCGCUGAGCACCCUGGCCAACACAAGGGAGCGACGCUCCGAGCAAGGCCAGAAGCGCAAUGUCAGCGGAUCGCGACUGGCGGCCACACCAGCAUCGAAGCGCAAGCUGAGCUCCAAAGAUAAUACAGUGCUUACCAAGCGGCAGCGCUACAGCGACGGAAGUCCCGGCGCAGGGACCGGAAAUGGAAAUGGACACGGAGGCGGAAGUGGAGCCAGCCGCAACAAAAGCAAUAACUAUUCACUGCCAGCAACCAGUAACAACGCCAGCAGCAGCAGCAGCAGCAAACGCCCGAUUGCCCGGCGUCGCUCCACAUCGGAGAGGAGCAAGGCGAGCGGAUCGACGGGAGGAGGAGCUGGUGGCGUCCGUACCAGGCUAUCGGUGCCGGCCAAGUACGAGAGGCGCUGACGCAGGAGCCGCCGCUGCUGCUGCUGCUGCUCCAACUCAUCCUCCUCCUCCUCAAUUAUCGCCUCCCGUUGACCACAUGCAUCGCAGGGCUUAGUUUGUUUAAUUCGUAGACGCAAUGCCGGACCAGGCCAUUUUGCAACCCCUAAGUUUAUUGCUAUAUAUUCUAUUCUAUUAUGUUGUGUUAUAUUUUAACCGAUUUAUCAUGUUGGACAUUUGUUAAGACUUGUGUCGAAUUUGAAAUUGACCUCAAAAUCGUUCAUUUGGUUCGUUGCUACCAGUACGCCACAAUUGUAUCUAAAAUCAAAUAUACUUUAAUUCUUAAUUGGCAGUUACUUAAACCUAACAAAUCUACAGGGCUAAUGGAAAACCAAAAUUCAAAAACGAUUUGAAUUCCCAUGCUUACACUUUACAUCCUUUUUUGGAUUGGGUAAAGCAAGCUUUUGUGGCGAAACAAUGAGACAAUUUUAUCAUAUGUAAUUAGUGCAGAGUGUAUACAAAUAUAUAUAUAUAUAUAUUUACAGCAGCAAUAAGUAAGUCUAUUUUUAAAGUAAAGUUCGUACAAGCGAAACAAACAAACUGCUCCAAAAAAAUCCAGCAAGAACCUAUCACUAGAGCCUACGACUACAUUUAUAUAUACGUAUACAUGCAUAAAUAAAAAUCCACUUCAAGCACACGCAAAAUGAGUAUUGCUAAAAGCCACUGAAUAAAGUUUGCAUAUAUAUAUUUU